CGCCAAGUUCGCCUGCAUGUGUGCACGCCAGUCACGCUUCACAGUAGGGCCCCGGGCCCCCCAGUCCGACCCUGGGCACAACAGUACAUUAUAUUUUCUUUACUUUAAAAGACUUUCAUUUUUUGGUGUUACUGUUCCUUUUAGGGUGCUCUUGGUUCACUCAUGUAACCCGACGGAGGGAGCACUUAAUGUGGUAAAUCUGGCUUAAUAUAAGAAGAAAUGCACAGCAAAGAAGUAUUAAGUGCUAUGUUCAUCUGUGGAAGUACAGUAUCUCUGCAAUAUGAUGACAUGGCCAUGCGUCUAGGAAUAGCAGCACCGUGUAAACCAGCACAGUUGAAGUGUGAGUAGUGCUCCCUACCUAUCUAUAUACUCUCAUAGCAAGCAUUCACCUCAAAGAACAAUUGCCCACACUGUGUUAGCAAAAUAAUGAUUUAUUGGAGUGUGACAGGUGGAUUCAUGCACUAGCGCUUUCCUAUUCAGCCAGUGACAGGCAUAAAACAAAUAGCACUAGAUGUUAUUCCUGUGGCUGAAAUAACCUCGGCUGUGUUAUAGUAAUACUCGCUAAACAGCCUCUUCCCCCCCUCUCAGAAAUCACAGAAAGCCGCAUUCGGUUGCUGGGAAACUUACCACAUAGCACGUCACUUCCUGUCGACAAUAUCCGGUUCCGAAGCAGCAUGUGUGUUCCAUGUAAAGUGUGAUCCUGAGUAGCUCUCAAUACAGCGGACAGACGACUUAUCAAGAUGGGGAAGAUGAGAAAGUGGCAUAACUGGAAAGCAAGGCAGCAGGUGAAGAGUACAGAAGAAACGACUUCAGGAGAACAAGAACAUCUGCAGCUUGAACUACAAGGUUCUGAACAGCUGAAAGGUGUAGAUGAGAGCAAUGCUUUAGUUUUACCGGGCAAGAAAUCCAAAAGAAAAAUAAUCAGCGAGACUGGCCCCACAAAAAAGCCUUUAAGUAGAAAGCAGAAGAAGGUGUUGCAGAAAGUUCUAGAACAAAAGGAAAAGAAAAGCAAGAGAGCAGAACUGCUCAGUAAACUGAGUGAGAUUCAGGUGUCAGAGAAGGAGUUAAGCCUAUUAUAUACCACAUCCAAACUGGGUACAGGAGAUCGUUUGUUCAGUGCCAAACGGACAAUAGAAGAAGCAGAUUCUUCAUUACAGGGACGGAUCAGUAGCAUCAGUGGGGCCAACAAAAAGAGCAAAAAAUCUGAAGAGGAGGAUAUAGUAGAAGAAAGUGAUACAACUUCUGGUAGCUCUGAGGAAGAUGAAGAUCAAGUUGAGGCAGAGCAGCAAAAGGAUGAGGAAAAUGACUUCAUGGCACAGUGUAGUGUCCUGUUUACUUCAGAAAAACCUCAAGCUGAGCCAAAGUCCCUUAGUGACAAACCCACAAAGAAACCUUCAGAAACUCCUUCAUCGCAGCCUGCAAUAUUCAUACCAGUGGACAGAUCUCCUGACAUUCAGGAAGCCAGAUUAAAGCUUCCAAUCCUGGCUGAAGAGCAGGUCAUCAUGGAAGCGAUUAAAGAGAACUCUGUGGUGGUUUUAUGUGGAGAGACUGGCAGUGGAAAAACCACUCAGGUGCCACAGUUUCUUUAUGAAGCGGGAUAUGGAAGUGGAAAUUACAUUAUUGGUGUUACUGAACCCCGACGUGUAGCAGCAAUUACCAUGUCACAGAGAGUAGCCUUGGAAAUGAAUCUGCCUCAGCGUGUAGUCUCCUAUCAGAUUCGAUAUGAAGGAAAUGUGUCUAAUAAAACCAAAAUGGAUGGUGUCCUGCUAAAAGAAAUUCAGAAGGACUUUUUACUAACCAGGUACAAAGUAGUAAUAAUUGAUGAAGCUCACGAGAGAAGUGUCUACACAGAUAUUCUGAUUGGGCUGUUGUCUCGUAUUGUACCACUGCGGGAAAAGAAGGGGAGCCCAUUAAAGUUAAUCAUAAUGUCUGCUACAUUGCGUAUUGAGGACUUCACUAAUAACAAAAGGCUUUUUCCUGUACCACCUCCUGUGAUCAAGGUGGAUGCAAGGCAGUUUCCGGUUGCUGUUCAUUUUAACAAACGUACUCCAUUGGAUGACUAUGCAGGGGAAUGUUACAGAAAGGUCUGCAAAAUUCACAGGAUGUUGCCUGCAGGGGGAAUAUUGAUUUUCCUAACAGGGCAAGCAGAGGUGCAUUCUCUUUGCAGAAGGUUAAGAAAAACCUUUCCAUUCAGUGGCAAAAAUAUUCAUAAUGUAACAGAGGAUGAUGAUUCACAGGAAGCUGUGAAAAGAUUCAAAAAGUCCAAGCCAAAGAAAACCAUGAAUUUGCCCAAGAUUGAUUUGGCUAGCUAUUCUGCCCAGCCUCUGGAUGAAGGCGAUGAAGACAGGGAGGCUGCUGAUGAUGAUGAAGAUGGCAGUGGAUCUGACCUUGACCUUGAUUUAGGAGAUGGAGAAGCGCAGGAAGAUGAGAAAACAGACUCAUCUCUCCCACUCUUCGUGCUGCCUCUCUACUCCUUGCUGGCCCCUGAGAAACAAUCCAAGGUUUUUCUCCCCCCUCCUGCUGGUACAAGGUUAUGUGUUGUUGCCACCAAUGUGGCAGAAACCUCCCUUACUAUCCCUGGUAUAAAGUAUGUGGUGGACUGUGGGAAAGUAAAGAAGCGUUAUUAUGACAAGGUUACUGGUGUGUCAUCAUUCCGAGUUGACUGGACUUCCCAAGCCUCAGCCAAUCAGAGAGCAGGAAGAGCUGGACGUACUGAACCAGGUCACUGCUAUAGACUUUACUCAUCGGCAGUUUUUGCUGAUUUUGAACAGUUUUCCCUUCCUGAAAUAACACGGCGUCCCGUGGAAGACCUCGUCCUCCAGAUGAAAGAUCUUAACAUAGAAAAAGUUGUGAACUUUCCCUUUCCCACACCACCCUCUGCAGAUGCCCUUAUAGCUGCCGAGGAAUUACUGAUCUCUCUUGGAGCCUUGCAAGAGCCUCCAAAAACUGGCAGACUGAAUGAUCUCCAGAAAGCAAAACUGAGCAGCCCCAUCACUGCCCUAGGAAAGACAAUGGCAUCUUUUCCUGUUGCACCACGAUAUGCAAAAAUGCUUGCCCUGGGCAGACAGCAUGAGUGUCUACCAUAUGUUAUCACAAUUGUGGCGACAAUGACCGUGAGGGAGCUGUACGUAGAGGUUGACAGACCUGCUGUUAGUGAUGAAGAAAAAGAAUUGCUGAAAGGGAAGAAGGCCAGAGUCCUGCAGAUGCAGAGGAUUUGGGCUGGACAAGGUUCUGCACAGAAACUGGGGGACCUCAUGGUAAUGUUAGGUGCUGUUGGUGCUUGUGAAUACGCUGGACUUGCACCUAAAUUCUGUGAGCGCAAUGGUCUUCGGUUUAAAGCCAUGCUGGAAAUUAGGCGCUUAAGAGGGCAACUAACAACAACAGUCAACUCGCUGUGUCCUGACAUCCAGCUUUACCUGGAUUCAAAAAUGAAUCCCCCCACAGAGAGCCAGGUUAUGUAUUUAAGGCAGAUAGUUAUGUCUGGUUUAGGGGACCACAUUGCCAGAAGGAUUCGUGCAGAAGAACUUUUGGAUGAGAAGUGGAAAAAUGCCUACAAGACACCCCUUUUGGAGGAACCGGUUUUUAUUCACCCAAACUCUGCCCUCUUCAGGCAGCUACCAGAUUUUGUGGUUUAUCAAGAAAUUAUGGAAACCACAAAAAUGUACAUGAAGGGGGUGUCGGCCAUUGAAGCAGAAUGGAUUCCUGUACUCCUUCCUCAGUACUGCCAUUUUGGUAAACCCUUAGAAGAGCCACCUCCAUUUUACUGCUCAGAGACUGGACGAGUGAAGUGUCACCGACCAAGCACUUUCUACAGAGUCGGGUGGCAGCUCCCUGCCGUUGUGGUGGACUACCCAGAAGGCCUGGAUCGCUACAAGUACUUUGCCAUGUUUUUACUAGAAGGAAAGGUGAUCAAAAAAUUUGGCUCCUACAGAAGCGUUUUACUGUCAACACCAAUAGCAAUGCUAAAGACUUGGGCCAAGCUACAGCCACGAACCGAAAUACUUCUCAAGGCUUUGGUUUCUGAGAAUGCAGACUCUCUAGCUGGUUUGCUUGCUGCCUGGAAGAAGAACCCCAAAUAUUUGUUAUCUGAAUUAUGCCAAUGGACCCCAGAAGCUAUUCAUGAAGACAUUUCCAAGGCUUGGCCACCAAUACAACAUGAUGAAGAUUAAGCACUGUGGUUUUAUGAAUGCUUUUUGAGAUAUUUACUUAGUGACAAGUACAGCUGAAGCUGGCACCUGGACCUGAGAGCAAUGUAAAGAAGCAAUUUCACAGCGACUGCUUUAAUGUGCCACAAACUGAAACUACAUUAGUACAAUGUAUACACUUCUCAGGAUUUUUUAUAUUUUUUUGCUAAAUAUGAUUAUGAAAUUUCGGACUGUUUAGAACUUUUUAUAGGUCAGUAUUUGACCCCUACACUCUUCCACUUCCAACAACAUUGCAGAUGUGUGUGAAAUUUUGACCUGCGAAUAUAUAUA